UCAGCCUACAUAGCACUGUGCUACUCUACUUUUUAAAACAGGAAGUGUGUUGAGUGUUGUGCAAUAUCUAGUAUAUUAGUCUGUGCAAUGCAGGCUGAGCUGUGAUCAUUUUAUUACUCAACUCAUAGUCUCUUGUGGACAGACAUCGUAAAGAUUUUAGUUCUGGGCUAACCAAGAUUACUCAUAGCAGAACUAUCAGUAGCCAUGGGGCAUCUUGACUGAAAGGUCCCGGAAGUGUCUUGUGUGACCAGUAUUACUCGAAGAGGAACUAUUGACGAUGAUAAACCAAUGAUAAUCUAGGGAUGACGUCACCAUUUGGGGGGUGCUUCUAGAGUUUAGGCUGCAGAUUUGGUCUGAGGGGAGUAGAAUGGAACAGCUGUGUUCUGUAGAACACUGCAGAAUGUUUCAGAAUGAUGGAAUGUUUAGAACAGACAUGAUUCUAAUCCACAGGAUGGAGAUUAUACACAUGACAAAAUAGAACAUCCGAUCUCUCCCACUUGGACUGAACACACACGGCAGACAAUCUGUAGAUAUUCUCAGACCACAUCUUGGAUAGCAGCCUGGUCUCAGACUAGAUGUAACAUAGUAAACUAAGUCCCGAAUACUCUUAAUUAUUAUGAUGGGUUACAUUUGGUAUGGUUACAUAAGACAGAAGAUUACUUAAGGCCAAAAUGAAAGUAGGGUGGUUGGACGGUCUUGUGUAUAACGCGAACGUUAGAAUCUCAUAAUUUUAGCUAAUUAGCUACUUUUACUACUUUUUAGAUACUUUGCAACUGCUUAUCAUGUUAGCUAACAAUUCCCCUAACCAUUUAACCUAACUCCUAACCCCUAGCCGAGCUAACGUUGGCCACCUAGCCAACAUUAGCCACAACACAUUGGAAUUUGUAACAUAUUGUACAAAUUGCAUUUCCUAACAUAUAAUUUGAAAUGGAUGAUGGACAUCCACAAAUUAAUACAUACCACCGGAAACACAUCGUACAGUACGAUACUAAUUGGAGCGUUCCAGGAUUUACGUUGCUUAUGUUACGUCUACCCCUGAGUCCAGGCUGUGCAUAGAAGCUAUUAGCAGAACAACUAACAGGAUGCUUGUUGGCAUGCAGUACCAGUUGCAAGUGUUAAUAUUUUCUACAUUAUAGAAUAAUAGUGAACACAUCAAAACUAUGAAAUUGCAAAAAUGGAAUCCUUUAGUAACCAAAAAAUUGUUAAACAAAUAAAAACCUUUUUUGACGUUUGACAACUUUGCACACUUGAAUGAGUAGGUGUGUCCAAACUUCUGACUGGUACUAUAUGUUUGUAUUUAUUUAUUGAUGCGUUGGACCUUUUAACUGAAAUGUUUACUGCUGCAGGUCUAAAGCCACAGACAAAUAACAGUCCUCUGUAACUUAUCUAACUUUUCUAGCUAUGUGAUAUUUCAUAGUUUUGAUGUCUUCACUAUUACUCUACAAUGUAAAAAUCUGAAAAACCCUUGAAUGAGCAGGUGUGUCCUAACUUGACUGGUACUGUAUGUUGAGAACCUAAUUUGAAUGUCAAGUCAUAUUUUCUCUGAAUUGCAUUUCCUUUUUUAAAAUUCUCAGUAUUAGACUUUCCUACAGGGGUUGUUGUCUAAAGAGGACAUCUGAAAUUACACUAAUACACCAUUAUAUAUUAUAUAUAACAGUGCGUAAACUAUUGUAUGGAGGUGUAUGCUGAGGAGCGAUGCUUGUUGUGUUUACAUAUUUUUGUACUACAGGUUUUGAAAGAUCUCUCCAAUAGUGAUUGUUUGUCAACCUUAUCUGUCUGUAGGGACUCGUUGGUGUGCUUCCUUGUGCGAGAGAGUGGAAUGGGGAGCAGAGGUCGGGUGUGUGUAGACCUAAAAAAAAAAAGCGAGAAAGGGAGAGUGAGAAGCCAAUUCAUUAGUUUGGAAAUGUGGACAGGUAGUAAAACCAUGUAAAUGAUCGAGGAAGGGAGAGAUGUGGUCUCAUCAGAGAGGAUGUUUGCAACAUAGCAGAUUGCAGUUGGACCACUGAACUGGUGCUCAGUAGUGUGAACAAGCUAACUGUCUGAGAUUUCAGAGAGAGGGGGGAAGAGCGGGAGAGUUACUGACACAGAAACAAAGCAGAGGGAGAAAGAGAGAAGCAAAGAGAAGCGUUAGACAGUGGACUUUCUGUUCCUUUCACUAACAGCUGAGAUGGAGGAGUAUAAUGUGACAGUUGCUACAGGCACAUCAGAGUAUUCAGGGACCAAUAACUACAUAUACAUUACUCUGGUGGGAGAGAAAGGAGACAGCGAGAGAACAACACUGGAUAACCCUGGACUGGACUUCUGUAGAGGAGCGGUGGAUGAAUACAAGGUGUGUAGCCCGGGUCCUCUGGGUCGUGUCCUUUUGGUGCGUCUGGAGAAACAGAGGUACUGGGUAGAGGAUAACUGGUUCUGUCUCUAUGUCACCGUGGCGCCACCAGGUGGUGGUACAGCCCUCACCUUCCCCUGUUACCGCUGGCUCAUAGGAGAUGUCAAGGUGGAGCUACGAGAAGGCACAGCAAUGAGACUCAGUGACGACACCUCUCCUCAGCUUUUGGCUCACAGAAAAGCAGAACUGCAGGAGAGACAGGCGGUAUACAGAUGGGUUGCAUGGGCUCCUGGGAUUCCCAAGUGUAUUGAUGCGAAGACCGAGGCAGACCUUCAUCAGGAUGUUCGCUUCGACAAUGAGAAGAGGAGUGACUUUGAGAGCUCCUUACACUACGCUCUUCUAGAGCUGUCUUUGAAGAAGCUAGCCAUCAGGUUUGGGAAGUCAUGGGACAAUCUGGAAGACUUCAAACGAUGCUUCUGGAAACUCAGAAGCCCCAUAUCUGAAUACUGUAUGGAGCACUGGAAGGAAGACUCGUUCUUCGGGUACCAGUGUCUGAACGGUUCAAACCCCAGAAUGAUCCAGCGCUGCAAGAAGCUUCCGGGAAACUUCCCCGUCUCUGGAGACAUGGUACAGGGGUCGCUGGCCCCAAGAACCACCCUUGAGAAGGAACUCAAGGCGGGUAACAUCUACUUGGUAGACUAUGCCAUCAUGGAUGGUGUUCCUACCAACGUAAUCAGAGGGAAACCACAGUACAUCGCUGCUCCUCUCUGUCUGCUGUAUGAACACCCAGACCAGGGACUCAUACCCAUCGCCAUACAGCUAGGGCAGACUCCUGGCUUGGACACGCCCAUCUUCCUGCCUAAAAACCCGCCCCUGGCCUGGCUAUUGGCCAAGAUCUGGGUCCGUCACUCAGAAUUCCAGGUGUUCCAGCUCCUGUCCCACCUGUUGAGAACUCACCUGGUGGUGGAGGUGUUCUGUGUGUCAACACUACGACAGCUACCUGCCGUCCAUCCAGUAUAUAAGCUCCUGGCUCCUCACCUGCGCUAUACUCUGGAGAUUAACUGCAGGGGGCGCACUCAGCUCCUCUCACCCGACGGCAUCUUCAAAAGGGUGGUGUCUACAGGAGGAGAGGGGCUUCUGAUCCUAGCCCAGAAUGAGUACAAAGUCCUGACCUACCGCUCUCUGCAGCCCUACCAGGACUUCCAGCAGCGCGGAGCCACCAAGCUCAGAAACUACUUCUACAGGGAAUACAGCCUGAUGCUGUGGGACGCCAUACACAGUUUUGUCUCAGGGAUGGUGUCACUGUACUACCAUUAUGACAGUGAUGUAGUGGAGGACACUGAGCUGCAGGCCUGGAUAAAGGACAUCGCUGAGGAGGGCUUUGUUGAUGUGCCCAGAUUUGGUCUGGCCAGGGAACUACACAACAAGACAGAACUGAUCACACUGCUGAGUGUCGCUAUCUUCACAAGCUCAGCACAGCAUGCAGCCACCAAUAAUGGACAGUUUGACUGGUGUGCGUGGGUACCCAACACCCCGUGCACAAUGCGCCACCCUCCCCCGACGGAUAAGGACGCUGUUACCAUGGAGAUGAUCAUGGACACCCUCCCAGACGUCAGCCAAACAUGUUUGGAGAUGGCGAUCACAUGGCACCUGGGUCGGCCACAACCGGACGCAAUUCCAUUGGGUCAGUACCGGGAGCAGUACUUCACAGAGUCCCAGGCCCAGGAGGUGAUUGACAAGUUCAGACAGGAACUGAAGGAGAUAGAGGAACACAUCCUGACCCAGAACGAGGGACUAGAGUUGCCCUAUCUUUUCCUCCUGCCCAGCCGCAUCGAGAACAGCAUCACUAUAUAAUAUACUGAACAGAAAUAUAAACGCAACAAAAGUCAUAAAAGAUUUGACUGAGUUACAGUUCAUAUCAGGAAAUCAGUCAAUUGAAAUAAACUCAUUAGGUCCUAAUCUAUGGAUUUCACAUGACUGGGAAUACAGAUAUGCAUCUGGACACACACACACAAAAAAUGAAAUAGGGGUUGUGGAUCAGGAAACCAAAUGAGUAUCUGGUGUGACCACCAUUUGCCUCAUGCAGCGCAACACGUCUCCUUCGCAUAAAGUUGAUCAGGGUGUUGAUUGCGGCCUGUGGAAUGUUGUCCCACUCCUCUUCAAUCGAUGUGCGAAGUUGCUGGAUAUUGGCAGGAACUGAAACACGAUGUCGUACACGUUGAUCCAGAGCAUCCCACACAUGCUCAACGAGUGACAUGUCUGAGUAUGCAGGCCAUGGAAGAACUGGGCCAUUUUCAGCUUCCAAGAAUUGUGUGUAGAUCCUUGCCACAUGGGGCCGUGAAUGGCACGACAAUGGGCCUCAGGAUCUCGUCACAGUAUCUCUGUGCAUUAAAAUUGCCAUAGAUAAAAUGCAAUUGUGUUGGCUGUUCGUAGCUUCUGCCUGCACAUGCCAUAACCUGUUUACAAUGUUAACAUCAGUAAACUGCUUGCGCACAACGUCAUACAUGUGGUCGGCGGUUGUGAGGCCGGUUGGACGUACCAAAAUGACAUUGGAGCCGGCUUAUGGUAGAGAAAUUAACAUUCCUGCAGUCAGCAUGCCAAUUUCACACUCCCUCAACUUGAGACAUUUGUGUUGUGCGGCACAACUGAACAUUUUAGAGAGUGGCCUUUUAUUGUCCCCAGCACAAGGUAAUGAUUUUGCGGUUUAAUCAGCUUCUUGAUAUGCCACACCUGUCAGGUAGAUUAAUUAUCUUGGCAAAGGAAAAAUACCCACAAACAGGAAUGUAAACUUAUUUUAGCUCAUGAAAAAUAGGACCAACACUUGUUGCGUUUAUAUUUUUUUUGUUCAAUGUAAUAACAGAACCAAAAGCUUACCUUGACUAGGGAAGAGUUCCCAAUGUUGAGUAGGCUAAACGAGCUAACUGCAUUCACUGUUCAACUAAACUACUAGCUAGCUGUAGUUUAUGCUUUCAGCACUAGAUUAACUCUCUGGUCCUUUGAUUGGGUGGACAACAUGUCAGUUCAUGCUGCAAGAGCUCUGAUAGGUUGGAGGACAUCCUCCGGAAGUUUAUUACUACUGUGUAAAUCUAUGGAAGGUGGUGAGAACCACAAUUCUGAUAGUAAAUAAUAAAAAGGUUUAGAUAGG